GGCUGACCUGUGAGAGACUCUCUUCUGUCGGACUUCAUCAAGUGACUUUUUACCCUUUUACCACCACCUUCGAUUAACAAUGUCCAACACAGAAAAGGGCAGUCCUGUGACACUGGUGCUGAUGGUUGCUUCUGCAGCCAUUGGAGGAACUCUUCAGUAUGGCUACAACCUCGCCAUAAUGAAUGCUCCUACAAUUUUUAUUCAGACCUUUAUCAAUGAUACGUUCAUGGAGCGCUGGGACAUCCAGUUGGAGGACUACCAGGUGACGCUGGUCUGGACAAUCAUUGUCUCUAUCUUCUCACUGGGAGGCUUUGCAGGGGCUCUUAUUGCAGGACCUAUGACUAUACGCUUCGGGAGGAAGAAAUGUCUGCUGUUGAACAACAUUUUCCUCAUGACUGGUGCAGUCUUAGCUGUGACAAGUAGAGCUGCCAAGUCUUUUGAGAUGAUCAUUAUUGCACGGGUGCUGGUUGGAAUAAACGCUGGAAUCAGCAUGAACGUGCAACCCAUGUACUUUGGAGAAAGCGCGCCAAAGCACCUGCGAGGGGCUAUCUCAUUGUCAUCAGCUGUUUUUACAGCUUUUGGUGUUGUGUUAGGACAGGUGGUGGGACUCAGAGAGAUUUUGGGCAGCGAGUCGUGUUGGCAGUACCUUCUCGCCAGUAACGCCAUUCCCGGCCUCAUUCAGCUCCUGACCCUGCCGUGGUUCCCAGAAAGCCCCAGAUACCUGCUCAUCGACAGGGGGGACAAGGAGGCUUGUAUUAACGCUCUGAGACGUCUCCGUGGCUGUGAGGUCCAGAGCAGCGAGCUGGAUGAGAUCCUGCAGGAACAGGCUGAAACCAAAGGCAUGAGGCCCAAACGACCCUGGGAGCUGUUCACUGAUCGAUCUGUGCGCUGGCAGCUCAUCACCGUCAUGGUCAUCAGCAGCGCCAUGCAGCUCUGUGGCAAUGACUCGAUUUACUUCUAUGCAUCAUAUGUGUUUAAAGAGGCCGGAAUAGCAGAUGAUAAAAUCCAGUAUGUCACCAUUGGCACCGGUACAUGUGAAUUCACAGCCUGUAUAAUGUGUAACCUGUUGAUUGAGCGCAAAGGUCGGAGGUUCAUGCUGAUGGGGGGGUUCAUCCUCAUGACCAUCUGGGCUGUUGUCUUCACAAUCGCUCUGUCGUUUGAGCACUAUAUAUCCUGGAUGCCAUACCUGAGCAUGGCCUGCAUCUUCACCUACAUCCUCAGCUUUGGCAUGGGACCAGCUGGAGUGACCGGCGUUCUGCCCACAGAGAUCUUCAACCAGACCGCUCGGCCUGCAGCCUACAUGAUCGCUGGCUCCAUGAUGUGGCUCAACCUUUUCAUCAUUGGAAUGAUCUUCCCAUUUCUAGUGAGUGAGCUGAGUGAGUACUGCUUCGUGCCUUUCGGAGCCGUCUGCCUGUUGUCUGCGCUCUACGUCGGCAUGUUUCUGCCUGAAACCAAGGGGAAGUCUCUGUCAGUCAUCACAAGUGAAUUCCACACGCUCAACUUCAAAGGCCAGGACAGAAAGCGUACAUCUCAGACUCAAGCUCAGUAUCAGCUGGGUGAAGUGUGUCAUUCCACAGCCUUGUAGACUGACUCUUUCUCCUGAGACAGAGUCACAUUCAUUGUGUGCCUCACAUUGACCUGCCCUGUUGGAAAAGGAAGAAGUCAUGUGCAGUCUGACAGUUACAGGAGAAUGUUCACUUUUAUAUCACUGAAAGCAACUUUAUCUGGAGCGUGUUUUCUUUAAAGGAUUUAAAGAAAUUACCUUCACAUGUAUACACUUUUAUUUUGCUACUCUGUCACUGAUUAAUAUGAAAUACAAGUAAUUAUGGUACAUUCAGCUAACUCUAUUGCAGAAAAGAAAUCAUCUGGUGAAUAGAAAUAAAUUGAAAAUUGACUGCAUGUGUCUGCUGGAGCACCUGUUGUCACCAUUGCUGAGAAAACCCUCUAAAACACAUCUGACAUUUAUUUAUAAAGGUGUUUUCAGGUAGAGAAUGACCAUUUUAGCCUAGUAAAUAAACAGUAAUGCAUUUUGCAAAGAGCAGUCCUUGCCUUAGCCUCUGUUUCGUUAGGUCAAAGGUCAGAGUAAGCUGUACACAGGCCUUUCUACAGGGAACUGUACUUUUUCCGGUGUGGACCUUGAAGAGAAUGUACAGUAUUUUCACAGAGGCAAACACAUGCAUUAAUGUUAAUUUGCACCUUAUUAAUUUACACUGUACAUGCAUUGUGCACACUUCAUUCAUGAAAAUGGUCUAUGAUCCUGAGCAUUAAUGCUGUCUUUUGUAAAGAGUGAAAUUAGUGACCCACUGUUAAGUGUUUAUGUUGACUAUGAAAGUCAUUAUUUUGUUGUUUUUACAGUCUGGAGCAGAACAAAUAAAGUAUUUCCCAUUAACACAGUUUUUUAAAUUUGUGAUUU